UCUCAUUACCUCGCGCACCGACCUGGUCGAGCUCUUCCGCUCUCUUAGUUUUCCCAUUGCAGAACUAGGGACUACCACAAUCGAUUCGCCACAUCGUCGGUUCCUUUCGUCGUCCAACUCUACCGAAUCCAAGUCAGGAAAGUCAGCAAAUCAGAUUAAACAGCGACUCAGCACACUCAGUGAUCAAGUUUUAGUGACAAAGAAUAGCACUAACUUUCUCAUGUCCCCACCGACAACACCAAACUUCAACUCCGCACAAAAUCUACCGACAACAAAGGCUAAUGCCUUCCCAAGCGCGCUGAGUAAUACUGUAAAUGUCUACUUUCUCUCACCGCCACCAACAGCAACUCUGCAACCAUUCCCAAACAACUCACCAACAAGCAAUCCCUUCACCAGUGACACGGCCACAUUAUCCUUGGACGUACUUACCUCAUUGUCAGUGCCGACGUCUCAGAGUCAACAAGCCUUGGCCGUGCACGCAACACCAUCACAAGUGUCGCAAUGCAAGUCGCCAAAACCAGAAAUUAUACUAGACUCUACACUCUCGCCCACUUCGUUGCACAGCGGCAGUAAUGGCGACAUCGACGGUGGUGAUGGUGGUCUACUCACCACCAAUGAGAAAGACUUGACUUCACCGUUAUUCAAACGUCACGACAGCGAGCCAGAAACAACAUCCACAACAAUACGUCAUCGCCCCAGCAUACUAGCAGGAGGCGGAGCUUAUAACGGCAGCAACGGUCAAUCAACACGCAAACGUCAGGCGUCGGUGGUGACGUAUGGUGUCAAUGUCAUUAAUUUUUCACAGGACAACAGUGAUAGCCGUAGCUACAUACCAAUGGGUCGAGUAUCGACCAGCUCAGCAAAGCCGCAGCGGCCAACAGAAGUCGAUUUCUCGCAAAAGUCGUCACUCAAACGACGCGGCGGAAUCUGCAUAUUUGUCGAUGAGGAAGAGGCCAUUAAUAUGAUUGAACAAAAGACUGGUAGUGGCAACCAAGCCAAGUGCAUCACCUUCGAUACUGUGAACGUCGGCUACGAGAGCACCGAUAUGGCCAACGCGAAAGGCAAUAAGGCGGCCGUUAAGUGCCAAUUAUGCGGCGCCAAUACGAGGCCGCAAUUGCGUUUACCAGUUCCCGGCGGUCAGGGACAGGGUCACAGUCGAAGCGACAAACGUUUUUGGCACACGAAUCGUUGGUGGCACAAACGCAAGAACCGCCAGCGAAGGUCGGAGGAAUGCCAGUGCGGCGCUACCGGCGGCUCGGUGCGACCGACGAAAGGCUGGAAGGCUGAACACAAAGCUGCGCGGACUUUGGGUAUCAUAAUGGGUGUGUUCCUGCUUUGCUGGCUGCCUUUCUUCCUGUGGUAUGUAAUAACUUCUUUGUGCGGUGCGGCCUGCCCUUGCCCGGAUGCGGUCGUCGUGGUGCUCUUCUGGAUCGGCUACUCCAACUCCACACUGAACCCUGUGAUCUAUGCCUAUUUCAACCGGGACUUUCGCGAAGCGUUCCGCAAUACACUGGAAUGUGUGAUUCCAUGUUACCGCAAGCGCGAUCCCUUCGACGCCUACUACGUGUAGUACGCCAAAGUGGGGAGCGCUCAUGCAAAAAUGUAGUAAGUUUGUGUUCCUCGUCCAUGAUACACCACCUGCUCACAGGCAUAACAGCAUGUGUACCAUGGAAAAUUUGUAGUGUAAUAUCAGCAGCUCGUGCUUCUUUCUACCUUACUCAGCAAACGAGAGCACUUCAAACAGUUUAUGUGAUAUGAAUUUGUAAGUUAAAGUUAGCGAAAACAUCAUUAUGUAAAAUUCUAUGACGGCCGAAUAAGCCACACAUACAUACAUACUGCAGAGUAGACCAAUGGUCGUUGAAGAAGUAUGUACUUAAAUAUAUUUAGCUAAUUAUGUAUUUGAACUUGAGCAAACAUGUGCGAUCGCAUGCGUAGAUAGCAUCACCUCAUAACACUUAGUCAAAGAUAAAUUUGAAUUUUGUAUUAAAAUAUGCAUAUGUAUGUGUUAAAUUGAUGUACAUACCAUACGUAGUUAUCAGAUGUGCUAGUUAAAUAGACAUGUAGUCAAAAAGCAAUACUUGUAUAAACUAUCCAAGCGGAUCUUGUUCAAAUACCCUAUGUAAUAUGCAUUAUGAAUAUGAGUUUAGUUAUAAAAAUAUACUUUAUUUGAUAUUUAUGAAAAUGGAAAACUAGGUUAGGUCGAAAGAGCCAUAGAUAUGCAAAGGAAAAGUGAUGGUAUGUGGAACGACCGAGUUAAUGUGCGUUCCUCAUUCGUUUAGCAAAAGCAAAGCUACAAAGUGGAUACUUCGCUGCUUUCGCCCGAAAAUUAAAUAAAGGGGGUUCUCACUAUUCUCAAAUAACUUCUACCUUAGACAUUUCUUACAUUUUCAAAAGUUUCCAUACGGUAGGAACCAUUACGCAACAUAUGCAAUAUACUCCCAAGUAUUCUACAAAAGAGGCUGUUGUGUGCUUUCGGCUAUAACCGCGUAAGCGGUGUCUACACCAGUAAAGAAGAAGAUUCUAUAAAAAAAUUAUCUGUGGAAAAAUUGUGUAACUGCCUUUCGGAAAAGAAUUGGCCGAUUGACGCAGUAGAUGGGUGACAGCCAACUGAGUGGCGAAACACUUUGGAGUUAUUGGCAAAUACGGGUAUUUUGUAAUCCCUCUUACCUACGCACAAAAAUUACUUAGGAUCCCUGCAGUGGAAUGAACUAGUUAGGUGCAAACAUACAUACGAGUAUAUGUAUAAGGGAAACUUUAAACGCGUUUUUCUCGAAACGACAUUUUUCAAAAUUGCUGGCGUCAUAACUCAACGAGAAAUGAACCGAUCAACUUCAAAUUAAAACUGAGUAUUUUUGAAUAUAUUUACUAUACAAUGACCUACGAUCUUUUUGAUUGGUUAAAAAUUGUCAAUUUGGCAUUAAAAAAACGACCUAUUUACCAUUUUUACCCAAAAAAACGAUUUUUUUUUUCAAAAUUACGUAAUUUUGUUAAUUUUUGAUAUUGUUCAAAAAUCGUAGGUCAUUCUAUAGGAAAUAUUUUUAAGUUUAAUAAACUUCUCACAUUCUUUUUGUUUCAACUACUUAUUCGGCCGGAAUUAUGAUAGCAGUUGGGGCACUUUUUUCUU